CUCGAUAAUAAUCGCGGGGUCGCGGUUUUUCUGCCGGGAUCUCGCAAUUGCCCGGUUCCUGAAGGCGGUGAGUUAUAGUCGCCGCGGAACCGGGCUGUAAUCAAUUAACUUCUAACGACUAUGAUAUUGCGCGGUGAGCUUUAUUUUCACUAGACUCAAAAGGGAUCUGUUGAUGUUCGAGUCUCGUCAAGACAGAUUGAAACUUCAUACACCGCCCUCUACAUGGCUACGGAAACCCUCGCAAUGUCGGACAAUGUCGUUGCGCGCACCCGCGAAUUCUUCUCCGUCCCUGCCCCGAUAAAACGCAUCUUCGACCGGUUUCCUCUGACCACAUAUCCUCCGAAUGGUCUCCCUGAACGGACAGGGACAAACACACAGGGAAAUCGGUUGUUUAUAUUCACAGACACGACGAAUGCCCGGCGUGGGAGACCGUCGUUCAACCCGCAAUGUCUCAAGUGGCAGGCGUAUCUGAAAUUCGUUGGCAUUGACUUUGAGGUCAUACCUUCAAACAACCACGCAUCUCCGACGGGAGCCCUCCCUUUCGUCCUUCCCGCCCUUCCAUUGAACACACACGUCCCAAUUCCAGCCGGCAAAGUGCAAAAAUGGGCCAUUGAACAGGUUCACUGUGAAGAGGAGCAGCAGCUUAAUGUCCGAUUUGACGUUUACGCAUCUCUGUUGGAUCACCGGAUACGGAAUGCUUGGUUAUACGCCUUGUAUCUAGACCCGGAAAAUUUUGACGCAGUUGCACGGACGCUAUACGUUGACCCAGUAACUACCAGCUUGGUGGUCCAGUCCGCUCUAAGCUACCAGCUCCGACAAGCCGCGCGCGACGAGCUCCUCAAGUCGUACAAAUACAUUGAUGUUAGUGAUUUGGAAGCAGAAGCAGAUAAUGCAUUCGAGGCUCUGUCGACAUUAUUAGGGAACCAGCAAAACUUCUUCGACCGCCCAAAGCCCGGGCUGUUUGAUGCUAGUGUCUUCGCAUACACGCAUCUGAUCAUGGAUGAGGGAAUGGGAUGGAAGCAGAAUCGGCUGGGACAGUUGUUGAAGAAGUAUAAGAAUUUGGUGCAGCAUCGGGAGCGAUUAUUAAAAUACUUUUAGGCGCCUUUUCUCUUUCUCAAAGCUCAUGUAUAUUACCAGCGUUAUGUGAUACUAUGUCAUGCGGAAUUAACUUCUACUCUUAUACACAUCUUUUUCAAGGUAGAAUAAAAGGAGGAAUAGAAGAAAAACUUGAGAUUU